GCUUCUGCACCUUCAAAGAAAGGUAAAGAGAAAAAGGCGAGGAAUGUUUACCGUGCCCGGUAGAUUACCACAAAACUGGCCAAAUACAUCCUUCUCUGUUGGUGCCACGUCAUAUUUGUCACCUAAGCCUUCAUACCUCCAUCGUCCUCAUCAUCCAAGUAAAUAUUAUCGGGCUUGUGUGCUUUACUCAUAACAAAAAACAAAUUAGUUUAUCGACGCCAGUUAAGCAAACAGAAGGUAGAUAUAAAGUGACCUCGGUCAGGAGAGCUGCACACUUCCAACUUGGCUGCAAGCAAGAACCUGCAAUGGAACGCUACGCCGUCUGCUGGGUGGCCGCCAUCCUCAUCCUGGGGGCUGAAGCCUACCUACCCGUCAACUACAGGUGCGGGGUGCAGCCCAAGUCCAGGGACAACUGCGCCCCCGCUGGAGUGACAGAGGAGGAGUGUCUGAAGAGGGGCUGCUGCUACGAUAACUCAGUGUCCGAUGCAAUCUGGUGCUUCACUCCAUGGAAGUUUGAAGCCACAGAAUGUAAUCCAGCCGGACCUAAAGUCAGAGUAAACUGCGGAUAUCCAGGAAUCUCCUCCCACGACUGCACAAGCAAAGGAUGCUGCUUUGACGACAGUAUUCCCCAAGUCGUGUGGUGUUACCAGCCCGAAAUAGAAGCAGUGGAACGUGACUGUGCCGCCGUCAAUCCAAAGACGAGAGCCAAUUGUGGACCUCCCGGCGUGACCCCCCAGGAGUGCAGGGACAAUGGAUGCUGCUUCGACAGCAGUGUGCCAGGGGUGCCCUGGUGCUUCCAGCCUGAGGUCAAGAAAGAGACCAUUCAGUGCGCUGUGUUGCCUAAACUGCGAGUGAACUGCGGGUACAACGGCAUCAACAUGGACCAGUGCUACGAGAAGGGAUGCUGCUACGACUCCAGCGAUCCUGAUGCCCCCUGGUGUUUCUAUCCUGACAUUACAGAUGUUUCUUUCGUUGAAUAAGAAGGUUUUGCGCAGUUGCUGCUGAGUCUAUCACAUCUCCCCUCCCCCCCCCAAGAUUCCAUCUCCACUAAUUUCUUCCAUAGACAUAGAUCAGUGGUGCAUUGUGUAUCUCUCAUAAACAAUACAAACAACA